UUUAUUCUCUCAAGCUGUAAAAAAUCAACACCAGAAAGAGAGAGAGAGAGAGAGAGAGGGAGUCUGUGUGUGUGUGUGUCUUCUUCUUUUCUGUCAGUUUCUUUUGCCUUGUGUAAAAUUUUUAUGGUGUCUCUUCAGAUACACUCUUCUUUCUUUCUUGAUAUUCUCCCCUAUCUCUAGCAGCAGUAAAGCUCUACAAUAUUCCAUCUGCUUGUGCUCUAAACGACUUGAGCAUUCACUGUCUCAGAAACUUACCUGAAUUCUGUGGAGAAAAUGUGUCUGUUUGUUAAAUAGACACCCAGAAAGAACACUCAUCUCCUGCAGGGCUCUCUUUCUCUCCUCUCUGCUAGCCAUACCUGAGUGCCUGGUUUUCAUGCUCAAAAGAAGCUCAAACCUAGCUGCUUUUUUGAGGUCCCUUCUGAUGGCAAUUUAUGUACAAGAUGCAAUUUGGCCUUGAUCUCGAGUGAAUUCUAGUGAAAGCACAAUGGCGUUGAAGCCAAAGAAAGGAUGGAAGUCGAUUGUACCACUUCGUUUGAAAGGCAAACCCGCAAUCCACUUCUGUUUCCUUCCUAAAGCUAAGUCUGAUAGUUAUGGCCCUGGCGAUACACCGGUUUAUCUUAAUGUGUACGACUUGACACCUAUGAAUGGUUAUGUAUAUUGGGCGGGCUUUGGUAUCUUUCAUUCCGGAGUGGAAGUGCAUGGUAUAGAAUACGCGUUUGGGGCUCAUGACUAUCCUACUAGUGGUGUGUUUGAAGUUGAACCGCGACACUGCCCGGGCUUCGUGUUUAGGAAAUCAAUAUUCAUUGGGACUACAAAGUUGAAUCCUACCGAGGUCAGGGAGUUCAUGGAGCGCGAAGCUGCUAGCUACAAUGGCGAUUCGUACCACUUAAUCGUGAAAAACUGCAACCAUUUCUGCAAGGACAUAUGUCACAAGCUUACUGGCAAGAAAAUCCCAAAAUGGGUGAACCGCCUUGCAAAACUAGGUUCAAUGUUCAACUGCAUGUUACCCGAGGCUCUAAAAAUCGCGGCAGUUCAACACGACCCUACUGGAGCAGAGUACGAGAGUGAGAAGAGAAGGCUGAGAAGUGCUUUUAGUUGCCUUUCUUCGAUUUCAACAAGGCAGAGGCAACUCUCGACAUCCUCAUUGUUUCUACAAUCUCCAUUAAAGGGCUGCUUACCUUCGUGGGAACUAAGAAGGUCAACCAAUCGCUCCCUGAAGGAAAGAACACAAUGAAAAUCAAACACAGACAGAUCAAACAGACAGAACGACACAAAAAGAUUAAGGAAAAGGAAAAGGGUGUUGAAUGUUUGGAUUAAUGUUGUCUCAAAACACCAGUACACCAGCAAAAAAGUUGUAACAGCAGUGUCAUAAUACUCUCAUCUGAAAGGUACUAUUAUUGCACUUAAGUUAUACAAGUCGUACGAAAUGUA